AUGAGGACUCUCAGGCAUCAGUUGAGUGAAAGGGAUAUCCGCUACAGGAAGGACAAAGUGCAAUCUAAACUGACUCCCACCUUCCCACUGGUCACUGAGGUCAAAGAUCUGUCUAAUGGCUGUGCUAUUGCUGCUGUGCUGCACUACUACUGCCCUAACGUGCUGCCUCUAGAGGAUGUUUGCCUAAAGGACACAAUGUCAGUGGCUGACAGUCUUUACAACCUGCAGCUGAUUAAAGAUUUUUGUGAGAAUAGCUUGCAGAGCUGCUGCCUUCUUCCCCUGGAGGACCUUCUCUAUGCACCGCCUCUCCUGCAUCUAAACAUCAUGAGCUUCGUAUCCGAGCUGCUGGAGUGGUUUGAGAUCAAGAAGCCUGAUUUUGUUCGACCAGUACAAGCUGUUGAUCUCACAGAUGUCUCAGGUUUACUUUUAUGUACCAGUCCCGUCAGCGGGAACAGCAACAGCGGUUCUCCUUCAUUCAUCUUCAAACAACCGUUUGUGCCCAUCUCGUCUCCAGAAACACAAGAAAACAAAAGCUGGACUAAGAAACAGAUCAGUCGUCCUCUGUCAGCAGUGACUUUCAGCAUCCCAUUUGGGCUGGACAGUGAUGUUGAUAUUGUCAUGGGAAACCCAAUAGAUUCUGUGUUUCGCUCUGUCAGCACGGACAGCCUCAGUGCCGCCAUCCCAGCAACGACGGCGUGUAUUCCGUACAGCCCGGCCGAGGACCUCAACCAUCUAGUCAGCGCCGCAGCACCAUCGCAGCGGUCUUCAUGGGCGCCGCUGGGAGAGCUGCCCACUAUUGAGGAGGCGCUUCAGGUGGUUCCUUCCCCUGGCUCUAAGGAUCGAAAGAAAGGAAGGACUGCAGAGAAAUGUGUCAAGGGGGUGUUGGCAGCCAGGCCAGAGCCCAGGUUGUGUCCUGAGGGCGCCCCUGCCGGUUUCUUUCUGCAUUGCCCAAUGGAGGACAAUCCUCAGCUCAGUAGCUCUGCCCCCUGCCGUUCAGGAAUCAUGUACCGGCCGGUCGGUGGAGAGGCUAAUGGCGGUGUGAGGCAGGAGAGGCCAUCACGAGCUACUGAUAUGUCACGUGAUGAUGACUCUGUACUGCGAGAUGGCAGCGUAGACUCAUCGGAAGCAUCUGACGACAUCCCCAGAAAUGCCCCUGGUAAUAUGCGACCCAGUAGAGGUCAUCACAGCGCCAGCAGCAGCCCACGCAUGACAAGCUUCGCUGAGCGACGAGACAGCAAAAGAAAACAUCCAGUAGCUACUGGGGAGGACUUGACCACUACCCCAACCACCCCUGGAACGCCACUCACACCCUGCACUUCAGGCCAGCAGGACAGCCCGGGAACCAGAGUUCCUGAGCCGGGCUCAGAGGCGUGGGAGCUAGGGGCUCGUCUGGAGGAAAAACGCAAAAGCAUUGAAGCUCAAAAGAGACGGAUUGAAGCCAUAUUUGCCAAGCACAGACAAAGGCUCGGAAAAACAGCUUUCCUUAAAAUAAAACGAGAGCAAGGAGAAGGCGGAGGAGAGGGAUCAGAGGUUGACAGUCUCACCCUGGAGGAGCGCCUCACUCACAUGGAGGAGCAGCUAAAAAAAGAAGAGGACAAGGAAAAGACAGAGAACAAAGCAGACAAGGAGAAAGCCAAGCCAUCCGUCUCCAACCCACCUCGGUUAGAGAAGCAGGUCACAUUCUCAAUUGACAGCAAGAAAGGCCAAGAGAAAGGAGGAGAGGCCGUCCUUGUGGAGUACAAUGAAGUCGUACAGAAACUGAGUGAAGCUUUGCAGUCCCUCCAGAAAGACAUGCAAAAGCUAACUGAACAGCAACAGCAACUUUUGGGCAACCAAAGACCCCGAAGCUCAUACAAAGCCACUCCAAAGUCAAAACCUAAAAGUAACUCCCAGGCACCCACCAAGACCCCUCCCCAUACCCCCACAAAGACACCUCCAAGAACGCCCACCAAAAACCUUAGUAUGAGCAUUAGCAAAGCCUGGAUGAUACCCACUGGUCCCAAUACUUCUUCCGUCUCCUCGCCAUCCCGUCGGACUUCCGCUCUCUCUGUAUCACCCUCACCAAAAACAGUGACCUCCUCCUCCUGUCCUGCCCCUCGUACCAAGAUCCACACCUUGUCCACGCCACGCAGUCCCAAACACCAAUCACGACCCCAACCUCACCCACGACCCUCAGAGCUCAAGUUCCCCCCUCUUAAUCGAGUUUUGACGCCGACUUAUAAUGUCGACACCCUCCCUCAUCUGCGGAGGGUUUCCCCCAGCAAGUGUCAAGUGCAAACCUCGUCUUCCUUCCGCAUUGGCGGACCUCGAACCCCUCAGGAGUCCCACCAGCCUGCACCGCCACCUGAUGAGAGCACCUCGGACACUGGAUCGAGUGAGACGCCCACCCAGUUCAGCUUGGAGCUUGAACAAGAAGAUGUUGAGGCAGCCGAAGGGCAAAGGGCCUCGGUAGUGCCCAUACCACCUCACCAAAGGGUUGACAGCAGCUCUGGCGCUCCCUCUGAAUGCUCCUUUGAGAGCGACACUUUAUCUAUUUCUGCUGCAUACAGCACGAGAAGAGAUGGAGUUAGAGCUGGAGAUGCAGGGAAGCGUGGCAGCAUGAUCGAGGUGUCACUCUCUUCUCUUGGAGAACCAGACGGGGUCAGCGAUGAGCAAACAGAUCUUUCUUCUGAUUCUAUGAGUGACCGGAUAGAAUCUGCAGUGGAGACGGGCAUUGCCCUCGCUUCUAAUGCCACAGAGCAACUGGAUUUGGCCAUAGAAGCUGGGAACUCUUCAGACCAACAAACUGAAUCCAGUGAAGAGCAGGCAAAAGUGGACACUGUGGAACAACCUGGAGAAAACAGUGAACCUGGAGCCAGAGGAGGCAUAGGAUUCUUCUUCAAGGAGGACGGGCUUAAUGAAGGGGAGAUGGCUCAGCGCAAAGCUCUCCUUCUAGAGAGGCAGCAGAAGAGAGCAGAGGAGCUAAAGAGGAAGAGACAAAGUCAAGAACAAGAACAGGAAAAAAGACCACCAUCUUCCAAUAAGACUGCAGCCUCCACUUUUAAUACACUUCCUGUCGGAACCAUCUCUCCUUCCCCUACCCCUCCGGCUACUCCAGGCCGCCGUGGAGGUUUCACACGAGAAGAGUAUGCCCGCCGCCAACAGCUAAGGAUCAUGGACAACCUGGACAAGGUGCUGCAGCAGAAAUCCACAAGCCAAGGUCGAUCGCCUGUGAGGAAGACACGAGCGCGUCCUCGCAGCGUGACCAGGGAGGAGAAACCGUUGUCUCUGAGCCCCGCCAAGAGAGCAAAUUCCUCCAAGAUCACCAAGUCUCACUCGUCACUCAACCUGGCAGCUGCCAAUGAAAGCAAUGACGGUGAUAAGAAAGUCCACAGCCGACCCGCCUCGCCUUCUGGAUGUGUGACACCGAGUCGGCUGGCCAAGCAAAAUGGAGACUGGGAAACUGGUUCCAAUGGAACCUCGCCUGCUCCGGAAUACACCGGUCCAAAGCUCUUCAAAGAACCGAGCUUCAAAUCCAACAAGUUCAUCAUUCACAACGCUUUGUCUCGCUGCUGCCUGGCUGGGAAAGUCAACGAGGGCCAAAAGAACAAGAUAGUGGAGGAGAUGGAGAAGAGCCCCGCCAACCACUUCCUUAUCCUCUUCCGCGACUCCAGCUGCCAGUUCCGAGGCGUCUACACCGCCAACCCCGACUCCCAGGAGCUCAUGCGAUUGGCCGGCGUGGGGCCCAAGACAAUAAGCGGCGCCCAGGUGGAGUCCAUGUACAAGUACAGCUCGGACAGGAAGCAGUUCAGCUCCAUCCCCUCUAAGACCAUGGGCAUGAGUGUGGACGCCUUCACCAUCCCCGGCCAUCUGUGGCACGGGGGAGGCGCGGCGGGCGGAGGCGGCGGAAGCAGGAGGGCGAGCCUCACCAAGAAGGCGCUCGUGUCCAAGUGACGGAAUCUACAAGGUGAGGUUUAACCCAGAACCUCAGAUUGUCGGAGAAAGAACUCUCGUUGAUUUCGGAGGACGUCCUACUGGAGGCGGUCACCAUUACAGGUUUUUAAGCAGGUGCACAGAUGGAGAGUCUUAUUGAUUUUACACGGUGCCUGACAGUGGAGGUAUUUUGAACUGGACCCCAGAUGACGGAGAAAAAUGAAGACCGAAGGUCAGAUGGAUGGAUGUUGACGUUCCUUGACUGAUCUUCAAACCUUGAGGUAGUUUUUUAAACUCAAGGAGAUGAGUGCGCCCGUCUGGAACUCUGUUGAUCUCACUGGUUCUUCCUAAGUCCUUAAAACCUUCAGAAAU